UAUCGCACUAUCACCACAUUAUUGAAGCUCAAUUAACACAAUGUCAGUUGCUUGCGGAAUUGAGUGUGUAUUGGUAGCUGGUUGUAUCCGUUGGGCAUGGAAGCGCUGCACCUACAUCGGAAACAACGACAGUGCCACGUGGCCGGCAGCAACAUGUGAGGAAUUCGAGCCAGUUCCCCGUCUCUGCCGUACAAUUUUAGCUGUAUACGAACCAAAUCUCCAUAAACCCAAAUUCCCACCGCCGGGCGGGUACCGGUUAAACCCGGAUUGGGUUGUAAAACGGGUCACGUAUGAACAAACCUCCGGCCAGGCACCGCCGUAUUUGAUCUACUGUGAUCACGAGCAUCAGGAGAUUGUGCUUGCUAUUCGGGGGUUGAAUUUACUGAGUGAAAGUGAUUACAAAGUAUUGUUGGAUAAUAGAUUGGGGAAACAGAUGUUUGAUGGUGGGUAUGUACAUCAUGGGUUGUUGAAAUCUGCUAUUUGGGUUUUGAAUAAUGAGUCUGAAACUUUGAGUAAGCUUUGGAUUGACAAUGGAAGGAGCUACAAAAUGAUAUUUGCAGGGCAUUCUUUGGGUUCUGGUGUGGCGUCGUUGCUAACAAUAAUUGUGGUGAAUCAUAAAGAUAGGUUAGGCGGGGUUCCAAGGAAUCUUGUUAGGUGUUAUGCAGUUGCACCAGCAAGAUGUAUGUCACUCAACUUGGCUGUUAAGUAUGCUGAUGUAAUACACUCAGUCAUAUUGCAGGAUGAUUUCCUGCCAAGAACAGCCACACCACUUGAAGACAUAUUUAAAUCCAUCUUCUGUUUACCCUGCCUGAUAUUUUUGAUAUGCUUGAGAGAUACCUUCAUCCCUGAUGGCAGAAAACUCCGAGAUCCAAGGAGACUUUAUGCGCCUGGCCGAAUGUAUCAUAUUGUAGAAAGAAGAUUUUGCAGAUGUGGGAGGUACCCUCCAGAUGUUAGAACUGCAAUCCCCGUUGACGGAAGAUUUGAACAGAUUGUGUUGUCAUGCAACUCUCUAUCCGACCAUGGGAUCAUGUGGAUAGAAAAAGAAUCUGAAAAGGCAUUUGCAAGACUUAAAGAGGCUACAUCCACAAGCAAAGAGGCUAGUGCGGAGACCACCACUUCUCCCCCUAAAGUGCAGAAAAUUGAAAGACUGAAGACAUUAGAAAAAGAGCACAAGGAUGCAAUCGAAAGAGCCGUCAGUUUAAAUAUACCACACGCUGUGGGCGUAGGGGAAGAGGAAUCCUCAACACAAAAAGAGGAAGAACCCAUGGAGGAUAUAACUUUUGAGGCAUCUCAAAAACACGAUGAAGAAGCAUCCACAAGCGAAGCCCAGGGAAGUGAUGGAAGAACUAACUGGCGUAAAGUAGUUGAAAAGCUUUUCAUUAGAGACGAAUCUGGGAAAUUACUAUUAAAGAGAGAAUCAACUGGUCCCGAGUAGCAACUCUGUUCCAAGGUGCUUUUUCUCUCUUUUGUGUAUGAUUGUUGUAUGAUUGAUAAAAGCAUUAGUCAUGUUCCAACAACUUAUAAUUCUUUUGUAUCCUUGUAGCCCUGUAAAAAUUCUUCUUUUUGUACGCGAGCCACCGUUGAUGUACAAUAUGCAGCCCCAUCAUAAGUACGGUUGCAAAUAUUCUUUGUGCUAUAGUUCCCUGUAGAAUCAUGUUCAUUUGGUUUUCUGAUGCUAUCCUCUCAAUUUGUUGUCCCUUAACAUUGUAA